AUGAAAGCGGAAGGUUUGGAUCCGCUCACAUACAAAUUUCAAAUAGGCCCAUCAAGCUCGUCGAUAACCAUAAGUUCACAAUCCGCUUCGACUGACAACUCUGUUUCAACAUCUCAAGUAGAUGCGGAGAUUGAUGAUCCAGCCGAGCCUCUCGAUUCCACGGGAGAAGAAGGAUCUCUCAGAGUGGCUGAUACUAGUGGAACAGAUUUCAUUAUGGAUGAUGAUAUCGCUGCUGAAAACUCAAAAGAUGGUGAAGCAGAACCAAUUUCUGGGAGCUCUUCGCCUUUUGAGAAAGAUAUAGCGUCAAGCAAAACUGACGAAAUCGAUCAUCACGAACAAGAGGAAGAAUUAGAUGAUCCGCUCAAUGACGCUGAAGAGAAGAGUGAUUCCACAUCUCCUGUUCCUGCUGCCCAAUCUGAACGUUCUGAUUCCCCAGGAUCAAAAGAUAAGGAAGAUGAGCAGGAGUUGUCCAAGCGUUCUGUCUGGGUUCGAGGACUAAGUAUCACAGUUAAGGCGGCUGAUUUGAAGAAUCUUUUUGCUGAAUAUGGAAAAGUUCUCCGUGCUAAGAUAUUUACUACCAAGAAACAACCGGGAGUGGAUCUUCAUUGUUAUGGAUAUGUCACUCUCGUAGAUUUGGAAAGCUUAGAGAACUGCCUCAACCAUUUACAUAAGCUAGUAUGGAGGAACAUGACACUUAUUAUUGAGAAGGCUAUCAAAUUUCGACUUCCUCCAACAUCGUCUCCCACAGAGAAGCAAGCCGUGGUUGAAACUGAGAAUGACAAAGUAGAGAACCCAACCACAAGUACCGCGAAAGAUGUCAAGAAAACAGAAGACACUAAAAAAGAAUCUAAUGGAAGGAAGAAUGAAACAAGAAAGGAAUCUAAGCACGAACGCAUCACAAUCGAUGAAUCGAAGAAAUCUAUCUAUACCAAACCGCGUCGAGGAAAUGAGAAGGACAGCAAACCACCCCGGAAGGAAGAACGCCGAUCUGCGAAGGAGAACAAUGCACGACGUCCACCUCGCAGACCUGCUCCCGCGAGAAGAGAACCUUUCCGUGGAUCAUCUUCAUUCCGCCCUGGAUUGAGCCAUCGUGUAUCUCGCCCAUAUGGACGGAAUGGAGCUUCCGCUCCAUCUCGUCACAACUCAGAUUUGCCCAGAUCAGGAGGAAGCUCAUCUCGCCCAGAUCCAAGAGAAGUUAUGGACUUACGUCUUCGCGAAGAUGUACGCAGAGUUCGUGAACGCGAAAGAGAAUUUGAAUUGGAGAAAGAACGGAUAAGAAUGGAAAGAGAAAAAUAUGAAAAGGAGAAGUUGGAACUACAGCUCAAGAUUGCUAUUCAACAGCAAGCUUUGGCCAUUGCAAACCAGGGUGGAAGAGGAGAAGGUUUUCCACCAGAGCCUAACAGGAAUCGCGGAUCAUCUCAUGCUCGUAUACCUGAUAGAGACCGUGACCGUGAAAGGGACCGUGAUAGAGAACGCGACCGACAACGUGAUCGAGAUCAUCAUGAACGUGAAAAUCGUGACCGUGAGCACAGAGAACGUGUAGACCGUCCUCGUGAUAGAGAACGUGAGCAAAGGGAUAAGCAUUUAGUAAGAACUUCCAGAACUCCAGCGGACGACAGACGUAGAGAGCGCAAUGGUGCCUCUAUUCGUCUUCCGGUUCAAGAAAGAGAUCGAAGUGGCGUCAGAGCAACAGAAGAUUUCAGUUCUAAAACUGCCAAUGCUGCUAAUUUUAAUACUAGGACAUUUGAAAGAGAAAACUUCAGCUCUUCUAACAGGGAAACAGCGGCUUCCAAUUCCAUAGGGAAUUCUUAUUUUGGCGGAAGAGAUUCAUAUAAUUCGGGAAGCACUACCAGAGAUAAUAACUAUUCGACAUCUAGAGCUAUAAGCAAUUCCAAUUGGAGUGCGAAUAAUAAUCAUCAUUCAUAUGGCAGUCAAAGUUGGUCGAACUCGAACACUUCCGGUACUACUUCAGCUGCUGUGAAUGCAAACUGGGGAUCGAGCGGAAACAGUAGUAGUGGACGAAAUGCACCAGACUGGUCAGGAUACAAUUCAAAUACAGGAAUGAGAUAUGAAUAUGAUAAUAAGUAUCCACGCCGCUUCUAA